AUGCAGUUGUGGUGGAUUUUACUGUUUGGUUUUUGGAGUGUCUGUGGAGAACUGCCAUUCAUAGCAGAGAACAACGCAGCUAUGUUGGUCAACUGGAAUGCUGUUGAUGGAAACAAAAAGCUGUAUGCCAUCUAUGAUACAAGCGUCAACGAACCGGGGAACAUGUCUUUCGUUAAAGAGACUGUGGAUAAACUGUUGAAAGGAUAUGAUAUCCGACUUCGGCCAGACUUUGGAGGUCCACCGGUUGCUGUCGGCAUGAGUAUAGACGUGGCAAGUAUAGACAUGGUGUCAGAAGUCAAUAUGGACUACACACUGACUAUGUACUUCCAGCAGUAUUGGAGAGAUAAGAGGCUGGCCUAUGCAGGGAUCCCUCUCAACCUGACACUAGACAACAGAGUAGCAGAUCAGCUCUGGGUCCCAGACACCUACUUUCUCAAUGACAAGAAGUCCUUUGUGCACGGUGUCACAGUAAAGAACCGAAUGAUUCGUCUUCACCCGGAUGGCACUGUUCUCUACGGCCUCAGAAUCACGACGACAGCAGCCUGCAUGAUGGAUCUGAGGCGAUACCCGCUGGACGAACAGAACUGCACUCUGGAAAUUGAGAGUUAUGGUUACACAACAGAUGAUAUCGAGUUUUACUGGAAAGGAGGAGAAACUGCUGUGACCGGGGUGACACGCAUCGAGCUCCCUCAGUUCUCCAUAGUUGACUACAAACUGGUCUCCAGGAAUGUCGUCUUCUCCACAGGUGCCUACCCUCGACUGUCUCUGAGCUUCAAGCUGAAGCGAAACAUCGGAUACUUCAUCCUGCAGACGUACAUGCCCUCCAUCCUCAUCACCAUCUUGUCCUGGGUGUCGUUCUGGAUAAAUUAUGACGCCUCAGCUGCCAGAGUUGCAUUAGGGAUCACCACUGUGCUGACAAUGACAACCAUCAACACCCAUCUGAGGGAGACGCUGCCCAAAAUCCCCUACGUCAAAGCCAUAGACAUGUACCUGAUGGGCUGCUUUGUGUUUGUCUUCCUGGCUCUGUUGGAAUAUGCCUUUGUCAACUACAUCUUCUUUGGACGAGGGCCUCAGAUGCAGAAAAAACUGGCCGAAAGGGCACAGAAGGCCAAUAAUGACCGCAGUAAAUUUGACAGGCCCAAGUCCAUUCUGGAAGGAGGCAAUUGCAAGUCUUCAUCUCUUAAACUGUCCAAUCAGGUACAAGGGCGUCGUCACUCACGACGGGUCGACUCCCAGGGAAACAUUUUGCUGACAACCUUGGAGAUCCACAACGAGGUGGGAGGAAACGAGAUAACAACCACUGUGAGCGAGACCCACAACUCCUCCUCCAUGGUGUUCGACAACUCAGCGAUCCAGUACAGGAAGACGAGCGGGUCGAGCCGCCCCAGCCUGGACAGGAACGCACAUCUUAAGAAAACCCGUCUACGAAGACGAUCCUCGCAGCUCAAAAUCAAAAUCCCAGACCUCACUGAUGUGAACGCCAUCGACAGAUGGUCACGGAUUAUAUUCCCGUCCGCCUUCUCCCUCUUCAACCUCAUCUACUGGCUUUAUUAUGUUCAUUAAUGCACUGUGUUUUUUUAAGCCCAUGUCAUUCUAGUUUAUGACUGAAAGAAAACUUUAUGUGGUAACAUCCUGAACAUUUUUUUAACAUGACGAGUGCGGUGAGAGCUUUCACUCAGACCAUGCACAGCCACAAGGAUUUACCUACACGUCUUACAGACACUUGCAUGUGCAGUCAGCUCCUCUCUGCGAUCACCUGGGACUCUGUAUCACAGGGGCUGAAACACAGACUCUCUGCAGCGCUGCAUCUCAACAAGAUGAUUUAGGUUGCUUAAAAUGAGUUACUGCAACCUUUCCCCAUAAUUUCAGUAUAACAUGGUCACACAAUAAAUUUAAUUGAUAAAGGUUUGUAGACCUAUGACAGCACGAGCCUUCCUUAUAUCUGCACAUGGACAAAGAAGGACCAGGGAUCCUCAAAUCCAGGCCUCGAGGGCCGGUGUCCUGCAACUUUUCGAUGUGUCUCUGCUUCAACACACCUGAGUCAACUAUAGAAGUCAUUAGCAGGACUUGACUGCAUACUGAGGAGGUAAUUCAGCCAUUUGAUUCAGGUGUGUUGAAUCAGGGACACGUCUAAAAGCUGCUUGACACCGGCCCUCGAGGCCUGGAUUUGAGGAUCCCUGACCUGUACGAUCCCACACACCCAGACUUUACCCAGGCUGGAAAUGAUUUACUAUGAAAUCAGCCAUAAAGGAAUAGUUGUGAUAUUUUGGGAAUUUUGCUCAUUUACUUUCUUGCUAAGACUAAAGAAUGAUCCUACCAGGGUCUGGGGGAUUAAUCGAAUUUUAUUUUGAAUUCCUAUUUGGCUUCCAGCUUUUAUUGCAAUGAUGUAGUCAAGAUAAAAUAACAUAAAACAAUAGGGUGGCAUUUGGUUUGGUUUUGUUUCAUGAUGCUUUUUCUUUUUCCUGUUUUAUACAUGCAACAUCGAGCCCUUUUCCUUACAGCUCUGCUCUUUUGUUCCCCCAAAACUCACUGACUGUUUAGGCCCAGUAGAGUCAAGAUGAUAGAAAUAGUCUUUGGUCAACAAGCUCCAGAGUGAGUUGUGCCGAGGUUACCGGGAGCUGGACCGUGUGUCGUUGUCUCAGUGGCUAUUGUGCCGUGUCCCAACAUUCCCUGGACUAUUUGUCUCAGUUCAAAGAGUAUUUAAAUCUCAUGGAAAUCCACAGUUUAAAAGAUAAGAUUUCUUUUUAAGUUCAGUAAAUGCUUACUUAUGCUACUGACUGAAAUGAUGAUUAGGAUUUUCGCUAUAAUCAAAUAGUUCUAACGCUGUGCUCAUUUCUGUCCUCUAACCCUCUGAAGUCCUCAAUGAUGAUGGAAAAUAACUGACAUGUUACCCUAUUAUAUUAAAAUAGAUUUUUGUCUUUGCACUGGGGAACAAAAAUGACCAUCCUGACACAUAUGAUUGUGCAAAAGUAGAGUUACCACAUGUUGACCUCAGAAAGUUAAAUAUGAAGGCAACAUCCUCGACUUUGCUUAGCAACAAGAAUAUAACAAGAAUGUAAGCAGAAGAACAAAAUCCUGCUGGUUUGCUGACUGUUCUGCACUUCUGCUUGGAGGUCCUGUGCCCGUGCGCUGUGCGGUCAAAACAUAAAGAGUGUUUACAGAAUCCAGUUUUAAAUAACAGGAAUGGAAUCAGUGACAAAAUAAAAAUAAAAAAAUCUUCAUUUUCUCAUUUACUGCAGUAAAUUAAAGUCUGCUUAAAGGGUCGUAUCACUGCAACCACUGUAUCAAAAUGGUCAUUUUUACAUUUUUGUGUGCACAAAUUGCUAGCAGUUUCUCAUCUUAAUGCUACGCUAGGCUAACCUUCUGUAGCAAAUUUUAAAAAAAUGACUUCCCAAAAUAUCAAACUAUUUUCUAAACAUGUGCAUUUAUACAUUUUCAAAAUGCCAAAUUACCAACAAAACUGGACAGUUUGUGUGACAUCAGUACAAAGGGUCCCAGGCUUUUGUAGGGACUUUUUUUUAUAAUACUGGAUCAGAUUACAUCGUCCCACUAUUUUUGUCACUGUGCUUUCUGAACUGCCGUCACUUGUUGAUUUUGUGAACCAUGUACAUAAUACAGCACAAUACAUGACGUCCUUGUUUCUUUCAGAGUGCAUGUUGUACUGAGGACUGGGUCGUGGCUGCAGAUCUCAACUCUGGAUCCUCCUGGGAUUUGAUGUACAUACUGUAACUGUGCACAUUUUCUCUGGGCUCACAGUAAUGUCAGCUAUGUUGUCAACAGUGUUCUGCUCAGUGAUUUCUGGCCUCGCUGUUCUGUUUUUGUUAGCCUUUACACAACAUUAUCAUUUCCUAUUUGUGACAGUAAAUAUAAAACACAAAAUCACA